CGCUGUUUCACUGUGAGCUGCUUCUAGCGUCAAGGGUGGACGUGAUAUUUCAAACAUCAGAUCAGUGCGUUUAUGUAUUGGGUGCCCGGAAAUUUUUCCAAAUAAACACAGCUUGAUUCAACUUGGGUGGGCAGACUUAUCAACAGACUAAUUCUAUAAACAAAUGGAGGAAUAACCAAGCGAACCAUUGGCUGGUACUGAAAAGACACGUGGAGAAAGCAUUUUUUUUUUUUUUGCAAUGAAAUUUUAAUUAAUGUGGGUGGGCUGAGAAUACAACGACUGUUUAUCAUAGACAAUUUAUUUUCCAGUGCUAAGUCAACAUAAAAUAGCAAACGUACAACAAUUAUUUAACAUUUUUAAGCUCAUGCAGCAGGGACACAGUGCUAACAGGGUAGGGAAGACGUCUACAGCCCCGAAGCUGCUGAGCAUUCUCUCUCGUGCAUCUUCAGUGAAUGCGGACUGUUAGCCCAGAGCUUGUUUUAUUUUUUACGACCUUAAAGAAGCGUUUUAUUAAGUGAUGAGCGCCAUUUACAAUAGCCCUGUUCAGCAGAUUGGGGGGCCACGAUCUGCUUUGAAUUUAACCGGAUCAUCAAUGAUUUACGUCUAUGGGGCAGAGAGAAAUGUGCUACCUGCGCUGGGUUUCGCUUCCACUAAUAUGAUGUCAAGACCGGAACCGCCUCAGAAGCCUCCCUACAGCUACAUCGCCCUUAUUGCAAUGGCAAUCAAAAGCGCCCCAGAUCAGAAGGUGACCCUCAAUGGCAUUUAUCAGUUUAUUAUGGAACGAUUUCCAUUCUAUCACGACAACAAGCAAGGCUGGCAAAAUUCAAUUAGACACAACCUAUCUCUCAAUGACUGUUUCAUCAAAGUGCCAAGAGAAAAAGGUCGACCCGGUAAAGGGAGUUACUGGACACUGGACAAGAAGUGCAUGGACAUGUUUGAAAACGGAAACUACAGAAGAAGAAAAAGAAAGCCUAAGACACCUGGAUUACUGGAUACCAAAACGAAGAUGAGUAAAUCAUCUGAGGACAGUAAACUUGAUUCCCAAAAUGAACUUGUUUCUUUAGGUACUACAGGAAUACAAGUGUCCGAUUCCCAGAAAGGAAUUGCUUGUAAAGGGGGAAAAUCUCUAGGACAGAAGUACAAAACUCUGGCCAACGACUCCCGUUUCAAGCCGGUUUUAUCAGAUGACGUUUGUGCUAUUAAUAGUCUACUGAACUGCGCAAUGAUGCACCACCCUUUUAUGCCAGCUGGCUCUACUUGUCCUGCUGCAAACUCCAGUGGUACCUGUCAAGACCCGCCCUCGCCUGCCCACUGCCACACUGGUACCGUUACUGGGACAGCGUACCAGUUGAACGGCACAGCAUCUCUUAAAGAUGAAAUGUCACUUUCUGAGGGGGUUUCCAAGAAAAACGCCUCUGUGAAUACCAUGCCUAAAAAAGACAAAAGAUUCGAUUAUCUGUACAAAAGUGAGGAUUCUCCUGGUACACAUGAAUCAAUAUCUACGAGACAUGCUACUGCUAAUCAUGCCAGCGCAAAAGGCGGAGAUCACAUCUCUGCCUCUACUACUGACAGGUCUAAAGGCUUCAGUAUCGACAGCAUUCUGUCCAAUACAAGUAAUCAAAGUUAUUCCAAAAGAGAUGUUCAUAUCGCAGCCAUAGGACUGGACAGCAAACCCAUCCUCGAUAAUCUAGGAGGCAAAACUGCAGGUAUAUGCUCAGGUAUCAGUGCACCAGUGCUAUUUGAGACGCAGGCAAUUCCGACAACAUUUUAUCACUUUGGACUACCUUUCUGCUCUUACAUACCUCUGGCUUAUCCAGAAAAAAUCCUUAACUUAGAUAGAUAGAUAGAUAGAUAGAUAGAUAGAUAGAUAGAUAGAUAGAUAGAUAGAUAGAUAGAUAGAUAGUGAGCUGAGGACAAGACUUUAGGACGAUCAGUUUAAUUUUUACUCUUCUAUUGCACUAUACUGAAACAUACAUCUACAUAUUUUAUUAUUUCUGCAAUAAUUUUCCAUUCAAUAUAACUUAAUUAUACUUUAUAUAUUUUUAUCUUUACAUGUAGUUUUCAAAAAGUUUAAAAAUUCCCAUAAUUUAAUUAGUCAGUUAGCAGAAAAGAAAACAAAUGGCCAUGAAUCACAUGCUGAAAAGCUAAAGUGGGGCUUUCUGGAAAAACAAAACAUAAAAUCAUUACCUGAAGAUUUAAACAUAAGGUGCAGCACCUCUCAUCGUAUUUGUAACAAUUCCAAAGGACUGUUUUUUGUUUUUUUUUUCUUCAAGCUUUCACAAUACGACUCAUUUUUAGGAACACACUUAGUGGGUUACCAUUUUUAAUAAAUUAGUUUGUUAGAGUUACUGGUAAUUGUAUCUCCUCUUUCUAUGUUUUCCUAGUUUACAUAUAUUAUGACAAAUACUUUUUAAAGUUACUGAUUCCUUUAUAUAUGAAAAUAGUUUUCUUCUUCUAGUGUUUUUAUAA